AUGGAUUACGAUGGCGAUGAACACUUGUCAGAACCUCCAAAUGAUCUAAUACACCUUUUAACCGAUGCACAUUGUCAUCCAACAGAUGAUCCAAGACCAUGGGGAAAGAUAGAAGUGUUAAUCGAAAAGCUAAAAGAUGUCAAGAUUGGAAGGAUAUGUGCAAUGUCAACUUCAACAAAAGAUCAAGGUUAUGUAGCCAAACUGAGUCAAGCUUUGCCAGAUAAGAUCAUUCCUGCUUUUGGAUAUCAUCCUUGGUUUGUUCAUACGAUUUCAAUCAACUCGAAUAUCAGUGCGGAAGAGCAUUAUAAAAGGGUAUUUGGUAAAAAGGCCGAUUCGGAAGAGCUUCAAGAGCUGUUACAGGGCGGUUUACCCGAGCCUAUUCCACUUCAAAGCAUACUACAGGAACUUCGUAAAAACUUGGAAGCUCAUCCUGAUUCACUUUUAGGAGAGAUCGGCAUAGACAGAGUAUUUCGUUUGCCUCGCGAUCCAAAAGGCUGGACGCGGGAACCAGAUGAAGAAGAAGAAGAAUCGAACGAAUCUCCCUCACUAGGUCGAAGAAAGAGACCUCUGACAAGCUUGACACCAUCAAUAGACCAUCAAGUGGAAAUUGCAAAAGCACAAAUCGCAUUAGCCAUAGAAUUGAAAAGAAGUAUAAGCUUCCAUAGCGUUCGUGCGGAGAACGGUGAUGGUUCUCUGGAAGAACAGACCGUCCAAGAUUCCCGUUUGAGAUUUAACGAUAUCAAUCUUGACCUGCACAGUUGCACGUUGAGUCCUCAAAUGAUUUCGCAAAUUCAGAAAAAGUAUCCCAAUAUUUAUGUUUCAUUCUCUCUAGCAAUCAAUGCAAGACAAAAGGAUCUUCCUGAUCAAUUACGAGCAUGUGAUCCAAAUAGACUUUUGAUCGAGUCAGACUGGCAUUCGGCUGAAGGUCUGGGAUCACGUUGCUGGGCAAUGAUCAGACUGGCAACUGACGUCAUUGCAGAUGGACUGGUGCCGAAAGAUGUCGAAGGAGAGGAACGAUAUGCAUAUGCUGCUAAACACUUACACGAGAACUGGAGACGAUUCUCGAAACGAGACGAUUAA